AUGUUUGAAAUUUUAUUCGCGAAUUGGUCUCCAGCCUGCAGAGUGCUUGUGGAAAACAUCAGCGAAUGGUUCUCUAUCUUCUUCCUUCUGUACCGAUGUGUCCUUGGAUUUGCCGUCCUGAACGUUGUCAAUGCAGUUUUUGUCCAGCAGACAAUGAAAACAGCCAGCUCCGACGAAGAGCUCGCUUUCAAGCAGAAGGAGCGGGAUGUGGCGCUCUACACCCGCAAGGUGAAGAAGCUGUUUCAGACAAUGGAUUCUUCCGGGGAUGGGACCAUCAACAAGGAGGAAUUCGCCAAGCUGGUGAACUCGCCCAUGCUGAAGUUCUGGAUGGGGCAGCUUGAGUUGGAAUACCAUGACUUGAUGAGCCUCUUCGAGUUCUUAGACAACGGUGACGGCGAGAUUACAUUGCUGGAGUUCAUUGAUGGGGCUGGCCGGCUCCGAGGCGGCGCGCCGCUUUGA